AUGGCACCCAGCGAGCAUCAAAUAUAUCAGCAUAUCCAAUUGACGAAGUGGUAUGAUCCGCAUGAUGUUUCUAGUCUUCUAUUGGUAUUGUUCUACGCCCUAGGGACGAUUGCAAUUAAGCCAGAUAUUUUACUUCGCGUGCUAGAUCCUACAGGCAUACGAAGCAUAUAUGCCUAUGAAAAAGACUUAGACUUGAAUGCUACAAUUAAACUCCCGAAUCUCGAAUGUUUGGUUCAGUUUCUUAUUGACGCGGAUGAGGAGGCAGCUGCGCUGACCUUAAUUGCGGCAUUGGAGCAAAUUCCUAGCAUGCACGGGCUUAUUCAGUUGCUUACAUUCUUCAAGAACAGAGUGGUGAUUGAUUCUAUGUGCGACAUACCAGAUCCGUACUUUAAACGUGGCAUUAGUAAAAAGUCUGUGUUUUACAUGUUAUUGUCCAGGAAAUUCCGAGGAUUCACUGACAUCUAUCUCAGUGGUGAUAUGACCCAGAAGUGGCGUGAGCUCCACAGCUAUCGUGCCCAGUUUAAGACUACGAAGCUCUGGCAGGCAGUGAAUACAAAACUUCCACAGAAAAGUGCCUUUCUCGGCAAGGUCUUCAAUGAAUCUGACGAUAAUACGUUACCUCUACCAACAAUACAAACUGGGGAAGAAGAACAUCAUGUCUAUCCAUGGAUACUCACCACACGUGAACGCUAUGAGCAACUAGUCAACAUGGAACUUACAAAACUUAACUCUUGCACAAACCCGGAUUUAAGCAUCGCCGAGGAGUUGGUAAGGUACACAAGCUUGAACCAGAAGACUACAUUCCCCAGUGUCCUAAUGGUCCAAUAUACGAUUUCCCUGCUUAAUAAAAAUUAUCAGGAAAGCCAAGACCUUCUGUUUAGGAUAUUUGACUAUGCUGGGUCCAGUUUUGAAUCUUCGCAGACAUAUGACUCCGCAAGUGGACCGUUGUUUAAUUCUUUUAUGUUAAGCCAUUUAUUUCGUGCAUGUGGGACUCCUCAGGCUGCAGUAAAGAGGAUAGAAAAUGUGGUAAAAUUAGUACGGGAGCACGGGUCCCUGACUGGUGUACAACCGAUGUUAUAUUCCCUUUUUAUCUUUCUCAAGGACUAUCCCCACCUAUCCGAUAACUUACAGUCUGCUGUUGCGCAGCUAAAGAAAUACUUUGAGAACACAGCCCGCAACUCUUUGAACAGUAUUAAGUUCUUAUACUCCAUCGAGUCAUUAUUGCAGUUGACGUAUGAUGCUCAUAUUCCUCAAGGUUUAGCCAAUGCCUACAAGACCAGAAUGUUGUGUAUGUUGGACGAUAAAAGCCGGCAUAUUGAGAGUGUUGAUCCGUUUAUUAAAACAACUGAGAUAUGGAACCGAAUAGGAAUUGAAGAAAUUCCUCCUUGUUACGCUACAUAUGCUAAUACGAGCUCCGAUUUUUCCAACUACCGAGGGGCAUAUUCUGAGGUGGUUCAAUCCUUGGUAAGUGGAGAUGAUGCGCCACUCUAUUCUCUUGACAUUGGCGCUUGGCCGUAUUCUGAGCAGCAAAAGGUUAAGCAAUUAAAAAUCAGGUACCUCAAAAAAUUGGGUGAGCUUGAUGAAGCCAUGAAUCUAGUUAAUGUCUAUAUCGAGGAUACUAGGUCAAAAAUAAUCGACAAAUUCUGGGAGUUUGAAUUCAUGAAAGAAAAGGUCUAUUUACUAUUUGAAUGCGGCAUGGCUGCACGCUCUAUCAACUUUAUCACGGAAAUGAUUGGCACUGCGGAAAAGGCCAAAAAUGCAUAUCAACUCACACAAUGUUUUAUCCUGCUUUCAACAGCUUUAGUAGCAUUACGGAAAUAUGAUAUGGCAGUACAAUUAAUGAGGGGAAACAUGUACACGGUGUUUCAAUUUGGGCAAAGGGAAUUGGAGAAGGAGUUUAUGAACAAAUAUAUUGAGGCAAUGAGAAACGCAACGUGCCAAACCAAAGGUGUCACCAUAGACCAACUACAAGUGUUACAAUCCAAGUACAUGGCCGCUUAA